AUGCGCAUGGACGGUGAUCUGUUUAACUUUGAUUACACCGGUGCUGGCACGGUCGCAGAAGUUUUCGCAGGCGGUCCGGAGGACGUCCUGGACGGUGUUGGCAGCCGGUGUCGCUCGCUCCCGAGCUUCGAGUCGCGCUACCGUUGCCGUCUGCAUUUCCAUCAUCAGCGCUAUCUCCAACCUGACGCUGUCUCCGCUGUCUCCGCUCAAUAUAACAGGAGAUGCUUUGGCAGCCGGGAGCGAAGGGGUGCGCUUUCCGGGUAG